GGCUCUCCGCCCUCUUUUAACUUCACGCAGCGGCUUUAAAGCGCGUCGCUCCGCGGCUCGGAUCUAACACACCCGGAGAAACCCAGAGGGAGCCCGGGCUCUUCUUUGGAUCAGGACCCGGUACUUUGGGGAAAGCUCGCUCGUGUGUCCUCCUCCUCCUCCUCCUCCUCCUCCCGCAUCGCUCCUCUUCUCCUCCACCUUAAUCCAGGUGGUCCUUUGGCUUUUUGGAGCGUCGGCUACGAGGAGGAUUACUCUUCUUCUUCUUGUUCUUCUUGUUCUUGUUCUUGUGGUUCCCGGUGAAGACAAAGCUCCCGGAAGGACACUUUGAUGUUCUCCAUCCCGGACAGCCUCCCCCGGGGGGCCCUGACCAUGAAGGAGGAGCCGCUCCCCACCGGCAUGACCCCGGUCCGCUCCUGGAUGCAGGGCGCGGGGAUCCUGGACGCCAACACAGCGGCACAGAGCGGCGUUGGUUUAGCCCGCGCUCACUUCGAGAAGCAGCCGCCCUCAAACCUCCGGAAGUCCAACUUCUUCCACUUCGUGCUGGCGCUGUACGACAGGCAAGGUCAGCCGGUGGAGAUCGAGAGGACGUCGUACAUCGACUUCGUGGAGAAAGACAAGGAAUACAACGGAGAGAAGACCAACAACGGGAUCCACUACAGACUACAGCUCCUCUACAGCAACGGCAUCAGGACAGAACAGGAUCUUUUUGUCCGGCUGAUCGACUCCAUGACCAAACAGCCCAUCCUCUACGAAGGUCAGGAUAAGAACCCAGAGAUGUGUCGGGUCCUCCUCACCCACGAAAUCAUGUGCAGCCGGUGUUGUGACAAGAAGAGCUGCGGGAACCGCAAUGAGACGCCGUCCGACCCCGUCAUCAUCGACAGGUUCUUCCUCAAGUUCUUCCUCAAGUGCAAUCAGAACUGUUUGAAAAAUGCAGGAAACCCGCGAGACAUGAGGAGGUUCCAGGUGGUCAUCUCCACUACGGUCAACGUGGACGGACACGUGCUGUCGGUGUCAGACAACAUGUUCGUCCACAACAACUCCAAACAUGGCCGCCGCGCCCGACGCCUGGACCCCUCUGAAGCAGCCACGCCCUGCAUCAAAGCCAUCAGCCCGAGCGAGGGCUGGACGACCGGCGGCGCCACCGUCAUCCUCAUCGGGGACAACUUCUUCGACGGCCUGCAGGUCGUCUUCGGCACCAUGCUGGUCUGGAGCGAGCUGAUCACCCCUCACGCCAUCCGGGUCCAGACUCCCCCUCGCCACAUCCCUGGGGUCGUGGAGGUCACGCUGUCCUACAAAUCCAAACAGUUCUGCAAAGGAGCGCCGGGACGCUUCGUCUACACCGCCUUGAACGAGCCCACCAUCGACUACGGCUUCCAGAGGUUACAGAAGGUCAUCCCUCGCCACCCCGGGGACCCGGAGAGGUUACCUAAGGAGGUGCUGUUGAAGCGAGCAGCCGACCUGGUGGAGGCUCUUUACGGGAUGCCGCACAACAACCAGGAGAUCAUCCUGAAGCGGGCCGCUGACCUCACCGAGGCGCUCUACAGCGUCCCUCGCAGCCACAAUCAGCUGCCGUCCCUCACAGGCUCCGCCCACUCUGGGAUGAUGGGCGUGAACUCCUUCAGCAGCCAGCUCGCCGUCAACAUCUCAGAGGCCUCGCAGGCCGACCAGGGUUACUCCCGUAACUCGAACAGCGUGUCUCCCCGCGGCUACGUGCCGAGCUCCGCCCCCCAGCAGGCCAACUACAACACCAUCACGUCCAGCAUGAACGGCUACGGGGCCGGCAUGACCAACCUGGGGGGCCCCGGGUCCCCCAGCUUCCUCAACGGCUCCGCCAACUCCGCCUACGCAAGCCCUUACUCAUUCUCUCCUGUCCAUAUGGUUUCUGCAGUCAAACAGAAGAGCGCCUUCGCCCCCGUCGUGCGGCCACAGAGCUCCCCGCCCCCCACCUGCACCACCGCCAAUGGCAGCAACCUCCAGGCUAUGGCAGGUCUCAUCGUCCCCCCGAUGUGAGGAGGGUUCUCAGCAGGAUGCCCACAGACAUCCCCAAACCCCGCCCCCCUGCCCACAUACCACUGAUGGCCCCGCCCCCCCCACCACUGAUGGCCACGUCCACCUGAAAAGCCACCAAAAAAACCACCACUUCCCAUCGUCCCCCAUCGACCGACCCAGAAUCCAUCACUGCAGCAGAAGAAGAACUUUGACUCUUCGUCGAUUAAUUCACCGACGAGGAACUUCAAGGACGGGCCAAGGCCAGAGGUCAAAGGUCGGAGAGGCAAACUGUGGGGAGGACGUUACGAUGUGGCGUGAGUUUUAGUUGUGCUUCGACUUCAGAAGUCUGCGCAGACACAGCACUGGUCUGGGGUCAGUCUGAACUGGUCUGGGGUCAGUCUGAACUGGUCUGAACUGGUGUUCACCGUGGCGACGUCAUUGAGAAAAGAAAAGCUUGGAUCUCAUUGGCUGACAAGUCAAUCCUGGUUUUAUUGAAGUAAAGAAUGUGUUGCGUAAUCUAUCACAGUAAUCUAUUACUGCAUUAUUUAUUUAUUGACUCUUCAAAAUCUAUUUUUUCUUAAAUCAAAAUAAUAAUAAUAAUAAUGAUAAUAAUAAUAAUAAUGGAGCUUUGAUUUAAACAAAAUUAAUUCAAUAAAAGAAUUUUUUUUAAAAUUUGUUUUAGGAAAAAAACUCAGAUUAUUGAAACAUAUCCAAACAAACCAAUAUACACAUAAACCCAUCUUCAGAUUACACCAGAUAAACAAAGGGCCUGAAACAAAUAAACAUUUAAAUGUGCAGACAACAUUCAAAUUAAUUCCUAAAAGCACACUGGCAAUGAGCCCAACAUAAUACAAAUAUUCACAUAAAAAAAUUCUACCUACAUUUUGAUUAAUUUAUUCCAAAUUGAUUAUGAAAUAAUUAAUUGUAUUUAUUCAAGUUCAGAUUUGUCAUUUUGCAUCUUUUUUUAAAACAUCGUCAUUCAAAAAUAAACAAAGAAACAAGAGAAAAUAUUAUUUAUUGUUAUUAAACCAAAGAGUAUCUGGUUGUUGAAGUAAAUGGGCUAAAAAAUGCAAAGCAGCUGUCCUUAAAUAUUUUAUUUAAUAGAAAUACUUUAAGGGAUACAGAGCCCAGCUUCAGUAAAUGCAACAAAGUACAUUUAAUAAUAACAAUAAAUAACAUUUAAUAACAACAACAAAUUAACAUUUAAUAACAACGACAAAGUAACGUUUAAUAACAACGACAAAGUAACAUUUAAUAACAACAACAAAGUAACAUUUAAUAACAACAAUAAAUAUCAAUAACUGUAAAUGUUACUUUGUUGCAUUUAAACAAAUGAAAACGUUCUCCAGAACCUCCGAUUGGUUCUAGCCGCACCAGAAGCCCAGAAGCUCCCGCUGGACCUAGAACCGAGUCCAGAACCGAGUCCAGAACCGAGUCCAGGAGUCCAGGAACCAGUAACCGUCAGACGGUUGGUUUUCAAUCAGAAGUCUUCCCAGUGACCCCUCCUGACCCCCUGACCCCCCUGACCCCCCACACAGGACCAGAGCCCUUAAAGACCCAGACCCCGUCCCCGAGCGUCUUCCUUUCUGCUUCAUAGCUUUUAUCAAUGUUUGUCUCAUAUUCUCAAAAAGAGGGGAUGCAGUAACGUUUCUUCACUCUGGAAACAAUAACAAACUUCCUGCAGAGACGGAACAUGUUGUUGUCAUGACGAGAACAUGUUGUUGUCAUGACGAGAACAUGUUGUUGUCUUAUUUUAUUCUUAUUUCUUUGUUUUACGUCUCGUCUAACCCGCUGGUCCUGAUCCGCGUGUCGAGUGGUAGAGUUUAACCAUCAGCAGCUUUUAAUCACAUUUAGGUUCCAGGUUUUAUUGUUAAUUCUUCUGAAUGUUCUUAUUUCAUAUGUAUUUAUAAAACGUUUGUUUUGGUUGAGCUCUUUUUUUAAAUGUUUUUUUUUUUUGUCGGUGAUUUUAGACCUGAAUGAUAGUCUCAAAUAUAUAUAUAUGUAAACACAUUUGAUGUCUUAAUACCUUUUAGAUAUUGUAAAAAGAGUGAACAAGUGAGAGGAAUUAAUAAUUAAUAACCCCUUUUUGUAAAAACUAAACAAAACAACAACAACGUCCUGGCGUGGUCUCGCCCUGUUUUUGAAAGCAGGACGUAAGAAAAAACAAAAAAACACAAACAAAAAAAUGAACGCUUUCAUCACUUUUGUACAAAAAAAAUUGCUUUUACGAAAAUGAUAUUUAACUUUUUGUAAACAGCAUUGUUUGUGUUUCCCGGGUUCUUCUCGUCCUUUGUGUAUUAUUGUGAAAUGUAUAAUCAUGGUUAUUUCUUAAUGCACUAUUUUUUUGUUUUUUUGUUGGGGCACUUAAUAAUAAGAGCAAUGCAUCUUAGCAAAAAAGAGAAGGAGAAAAAAAGAGCUAAAAGUAACAAAAAAAAGAGAAGAAGAAGAACGAUAUGCACCGUGUGUUUUUCCCACCGUUGGGAAACGGCAAAAAAAUCCUUGUCAUGUGAAAUUUUUAUAUUUCAGAAGCUUCUAGCGUCAUGGUACUCCUCUCUUUGUUCGGGUUCCGAGCGCAUGCCUCGGUUCUCCGUGUUCAGAAGACGAUAUUUUAUUCAUCUUUUAAUAUUAGAUGUCGAUCCUCGUCUUUGUGUUUUCUUUUCUUAUAUUUUUUUCGAUUGAGAACAACAGAAAAAAAACCACUCCGAAAAACAAAAGUUUUGGGUCCCUGAUCUCAAGGAAACGUUGUCGUCGUCGUCGCUGCACAAUCCGGAUCGUUUACUUAUGCAACUGAGUUCGGUGAAAGCUGGAGGAAAACAACGUACAACAAGUCAGUUUUUUUUUUUCAGACAAACAGCGAGAACUUUUUCUAAAUUUUAUUUUUUGGCACCAGACGUUUACCCUUCAGGUUUUCCCCACGAAAAAACACUAUCAAGUUUGCAGAAGAAAUGCUAUGUUAGCGGUUAGCCUCCGAACAGCCGCGCCUUUAACGGAAAAUGCUAAGUUAGCGGUUAGCCUCCCAAACAGCCGCUUCUUUAACGGAAAGCUUCCGUGUCGAACGGCGCCCCCCACAUCUCACAGGGAGGUACUGCAACACGACGUUACGCAAUACUUUUUCAUUGACAAGAUCUGGAUAUCAAAAUACACAAAUCUCAUAAUUUUGAGGCGUGAUACAAAAAGAAACAAUCUUACAAUUCCGAGAUAUGCAUUUAGAAAUAAUGCAAACAAAUCGAAUGAAUUUCUAGAUUUAUUUAUGUAUAAAAAUAUAAAAAAUAAACGUCUCACAAUUGUGUUAAAAAUACAAUAAAAGUCUCCAGGAUCAAAACGUCAAACUCACAGAAGGAAAAACAGUCGAGGAGUUUUAAACCAUCUUUACAAGAACAAAGAAAACUUCAAUCAGACCUCAGAUCAGAUUUAAACUUGUCUGGUGUCUCCACAAAGACAUUCCUCUCCACCUUUAAAAAAAAUUUAAAAACAAUAUUAACAGUAUUAAAUUAUAUAUAUUUUCCCACCGUUGGAAAAUGUUUUUCUUCUCGACAUAUUUUCUUUUUUCGUCCCGAGGUUUUUAUAAAAACUGCAAAGGUUUUUCAGUUUUCUGGGUGUUUUGACUUCAAUGUGAAAGCGGGCAGGAGGAACUGCGUCUUUGUGAAAUAUGAAAUAUAUCAUCAAAGUAUAUCAAAGCACAAUGUUUACUGAAUGUCUGUAGACCCACGGCGCCGCUGUAAAUAGAUGCAUGUCUUUCUUUUCUUCCUCUCUUCCUGUGAUCAGUGCUUUUUGUACAGAAACAUUCUAAUAAAGAUUACAUUUGGCUUGAA